AUUUGUAUACGUCUGAAAUAUCGAAAUCUGUCUUCACAUACCUGAUACCACCAAGUUUCUAAGUGAUUUUGAAUGUGAAGAAAAACACACAACACAAGGAAGAAGCUGAAGCUACAGCAUACAAGUUAUGGCAUCAACAUUGAGCUCUUCUUCAAUUGCAGUCUUGUCUUCACGACGUCACUCUUCCCCUUCCAUUCAUUCUCUCUCGCUAACCAAAGGGCAAGUAUCUGGGUGCAAGUUUUGUGGUGGAAUUGGAUUUCAUGGUGUUAAAGGAAAGUCUCAGUUUUCAGUUUUGAGUGUUGCCACUGAAAUUAACGCUACUCAACAGGACAUUCAGGCUCAGAGAAUUGCUUAUAAAGAAAGCCAAAGGCCUGUGUACCCGUUUUCUGCCAUAGUUGGACAGGAUGAGAUGAAACUUUGCCUUCUCCUAAACGUGAUUGAUCCCAAGAUUGGAGGUGUAAUGAUCAUGGGGGAUAGGGGAACAGGGAAAUCUACAACUGUUAGGUCAUUAGUCGAUUUGCUUCCUGAAAUCAAGGUUGUUGCCGGCGACCCAUAUAAUUCAGAUCCAGAAGAUCCGGAAUUCAUGGGUAUUGAAGUGAGAGAGCGUGUGUUGAAAGGAGAGCAGCUUGAGGUUGUGUUUUCCAAAAUUAACAUGGUGGAUUUGCCAUUGGGAGCUACAGAAGAUAGGGUCUGUGGAACAAUUGAUAUCGAAAAAGCCCUCACCGAAGGUGUGAAGGCAUUUGAGCCUGGUUUACUGGCUAAAGCUAACAGGGGAAUUCUAUAUGUGGAUGAAGUUAAUCUCUUGGAUGAUCACUUAGUUGAUGUCUUGUUGGAUUCUGCAGCAUCAGGUUGGAACACAGUGGAGAGAGAAGGUAUUUCAAUCGCACAUCCUGCACGGUUCAUUCUAAUUGGUUCGGGAAAUCCUGAAGAAGGGGAACUCAGGCCACAGCUGUUAGAUAGGUUUGGAAUGCAUGCUCAAGUGGGGACUGUGAGGGAUGCUGAGUUAAGGGUUAAGAUUGUAGAGGAGAGAGCUCGUUUUGACAAAAACCCAAAGGAGUUUCGAGAUUCUUACAAAGCUGAGCAGGAAAAGCUCCAGCAACAAAUUACCGCAGCAAGGAAUUUUCUUGCUUCUGUUCAAAUAGAUCAUGAACUUAAGGUGAAAAUUUCCAAGGUUUGUGCAGAGUUGAAUGUGGAUGGAUUAAGAGGUGACAUUGUAACAAAUAGAGCUGCAAAAGCUCUUGCUGGCCUCAAGGGAAUAAACAAAGUAAGUGCAGAGGAUAUUGCUACUGUCAUUCCUAACUGUUUGAGACACCGUCUUCGAAAGGAUCCAUUGGAGUCUAUAGACUCGGGUUUACUUGUCAUCGAGAAAUUUUAUGAGGUAUUCACUUGAACAUGGUAUGACUUGCUCAGUCUUCUCUAGUAUGUUACCACAUCAUGGUUUACAAAUUGGAUUUCACUGUCCUUGAACGUGAGUAAGAAAAAUACUGAAAUUCCAAGCGUGGCUCUUUUUUAGUUUUGUUUAGUCUGCCAGGGUAAGAUAGGUCUUUUAAACCAAAAUGAGGAAUGAUGAGGAAAAGCAUGAGCUUGAGAAGCCUCACAAAGAAAUAGACAAUCAACAAUGAACAGUUUAUUGUAAACUUGGUUCAUUCAUUAGCUUGGCAAAUACAGUUUGUACUUUGUAUAUUGUUGAAAUGUUGAUAUCGUCUCUUAAGUAUUUUGAAUGAAAUGAAGCUUCACUUAAAAAUCA